GAACACGUGGCUACCGCGAAGCCAGAGCAGCAAUGGCGGCGGGCGGCGGCGGCGUUGCGGACCCCCUGUCCCCGGCGGGGGUCCCCUGCGCCUUCUCCCCGCAGAGCCAGGCCUACUUCGCUCUGGCGUCCACCGACGGCCACCUGCGGGUGUGGGAGACCGGCAGCAACCGGCUGCACCAGGAGUACGUGCCUUCCGCGCACCUCAGCGGUACCUGCACCUGCCUGGCCUGGGCGCCCGCGCGGCUGCAGGCCAAGGAAAGUCCCCAGAGGAAAAAAAGGAAAUCAGAAGCUAUAGGAACAAGUAACCAGGUUGACUUGUUGGCUCUUGGUACAGCAGUUGGUAGUAUUUUAUUAUACAGUACAGUAAAAGGAGAAUUACACAGUAAAUUAAUAAACGGUGGGCAUGACAACAAAGUUAAUUGUAUUCAGUGGCAUCAAGACAAUGGCUGUUUGUAUAGUUGUUCAGAUGAUAAGCAUAUUGUGGAAUGGAAUACACAGACAUGCAAAGUAAAGUGCAAAUGGAAAGGUGACAACAGCAGCGUCAGUUCUCUGUGUAUCAGCCCAGAUGGAAAAAUGUUGCUUUCAGCUGGUCGAACAAUCAAACUAUGGGUUUUGGAGACCAAAGAAAUCUACAGACACUUCACAGGACAUGCAACUCCAGUUUCAUCACUUAUGUUCACUACUAUUAGACCUCCUAAUGAGAGCCAACCCUUUGAUGGAAUUACAGGUCUUUAUUUCUUAUCUGGAGCAGUACACGACCGGUUACUUAAUGUUUGGCAGGUCCGGUCAGAAAACAAGGAAAAGAAUGCAGUGAUGUCAUUUACAGUUACAGAUGAGCCUGUCUAUAUUGAUCUGACGUUGUCUGAAAACAAAGAGGAGCCUGUCAAGUUAGCUGUUGUUUGCAGAGAUGGUCAAGUUCAUCUUUUUGAACACAUAUUAAAUGGAUACUGUAAAAAGCCUUUGACUUCAAAUUGCACCAUUCAGAUAGCAACACCUGGGAAAGGCAAGAAAUCAACACCAAAGCCCAUCCCGAUUCUGGCAGCUGGGUUUUGCUCAGACAAAAUGUCAUUGUUGCUUGUAUAUGGCAAUUGGUUUCAGCCUACCAUUGAACGAAUAGCUUUAAAUUCCAAAGAAACUCAUAUGUGUUUAGUAAGAGACAUUUCAAACUGCUGGGCCCCAAAAGUAGAAACAGCUAUAACAAAGGUGAGAACCCCAGUGGUAAAUUCUGAAGCAAAAGUUCUGGUGCCCGGCAUCCCUGGUCAUCGUGCUACUAUCAAGUCUGCUCCGCCACGAGCUGAGGAAGUAGAGAGCAAGAGGAAGCUAGGGGGAAAUGAGGUUAGCAUUGAAGAACGCCUAGGAGCACUGGAUAUAGAAACAAAAAAAGAAAAGGAAGACCUACCACAGACAAACAGCUUUCCAGUCCUUCUUGCACAGGGUUUAGAAAGCAAUGAUCUCGACAUGCUUAAUAAAGUACUUCAAACUAGGAAUAUAAACCUAAUAAAGAAGACUGUGUUAAGGAUGCCCCUGCAUGCUGUAAUUCCGUUGUUGCAAGAGCUUACAAAGAGAUUGCAAGGACAUCCCAAUAGUGCUGUUUUAAUGGUUCAGUGGCUAAAAUGUGUAUUAACGGUCCAUGCAUCCUACUUAUCCACGUUGCCUGACCUGGUACCUCAGUUGGGUACACUAUACCAGUUAAUGGAAAGCAGAGUAAAGACUUUUCAGAAACUUUCCCACCUUCAUGGCAAACUUAUUCUUCUAAUCACACAAGUUACAGCAUCAGAAAAAACAAAGGGAAUGACUUGUCCUGAACAAAAGGCUAAAUUGGUAUAUGAAGAAGAAUCUUCUGAGGAAGAAUCUGAUGAUGAAAUAGCAGAUAAGGAUUCUGAUGAUAAUUGGGAUGAAGAUGAGGAGGAGAAAGAAAGUGAAAAAGAUGAUGAUGAUGAUGAGAGUGAAGAGGGAGAUGAGGAUGCUGAAGAAAAUGGUGAGGACAGAGAUGUGACGAGUGAGAAAGAAUUAAAUGGAGAUUCUGAUUUAGAUCCUGAAAAUGAAAGUGAAGAAGAAUGAAGAUGGAAAAAUAAACCAACUGAACUAUAUAAACUCUGACUUACUCAAUGCUGCCGAGUUCUUCUGGGGAGGGUUUUCUCUGUGACAGGAUGCCAAUGACUGUUGCACAUUUCCAAAUUCCUAGUGGUGGUGCCCGUGCCGCCUUGUGUCCUGAGCACCCCAGACUUAACUGUGUAAAUAAGAGCGUUUCAUUUGAAUGUUAAUAAAAUUUACACAGCAAAUAGACACAUUUUCUGCAAUGUACUGACAUGUGUCCAAUAUAUGGUAUAUUUUUAUAAUAUAAUAGUACGAUACCAAGAAUUGACAUAAGUGAGCAAACAUUUCCCAUAUAGGGGUGGAAGAACUGGACUUUGGGAAGGAGUCAGCUUUUAUCUCAGGUUGGUAUCUUUCAUCAAAUCCAGAUACAAAGCAGCACUAGUGAAAAUAAUUUUUUUAAUUUGUUACAUUUUCAUAAAAUAUGAAGGGAUAAUUUAAAAUGAGUAAAAAUGACUGUGAUUUAAAAAAAUAAAAUCACCAGUUUCCCUAGCUUAUCUGUCAACUGUGAUAAUCUGAUUUGAGUCAGAUUGAAUAUUUGAAAUGCUUCCCCAAAACAGCCACUUAUUUUUUAAGCUAUCACAUGGAAUAUUUUUUAAAAACACACAAACACAAUUAUGAUAAUUAAAAAACUAAAGAAUUAGUCAUAUUAAGGACUUUUCUUGACUGGAAGUUGCCUGUAAAGAAUCAUUAGUGUAUAGACUUACAAGUGCUCAUUACCUGCAACUUUUUAAAAAAUUCAGUUAUAGCUGCUUUUGAAGGGGUUUUCAUUUUUAUUUCACUUACUAAUGGAUCAAAGAACAAUUUUUUAUUUUUUUCUCUUUGGUUUUAGAUAUGAUAACCUUGUUGGAAUUUUUUUCCAAAGAAAAUAUUUUUAUAAUUAAGUAAUUUAAUGUUUUUCCUUCCUUUUCAUUACCCACUCUUGGCAGUGUUAGGGUAUCUGUUUACCUUUAAAAUAAUAAAUCUGACUCAAGGUUUUUUAUGUAUGUAUAAAUAAGUAUUUUGGUGUGCAACAAAAGCCUUUUCAAAUUAUUAGCAAUUUUUUUUUUUUUUUUAAAGAAUGAGCCAGUAUUUGUUUAGUGCUCUCUAGGGAACAAGCAGAUGAAAGUUCAACUCUAAGGAAGGGCUGGGGAGAUGGGUUCCUUUUUCCUACCUGUGAAUAUGUAAACCACAAAACCAUUAUCUGAGGGAUUUUUAAUAACAUCAGUGGCAGAGCAGAUUUCUGUGCUCAAGAAAUAGAACUGGAGCCAUAUUAGCAUUUUGGGAAAGCAAGUUUGAGCCAGCUGCUGAUGUAAUGUACAGUUAUAUUUGUCUAUAAAUGGAGCUGUUUAUGGCAAUUUAAUACCAUCUUCUUUGUAAAGUGAAUAAAUACUCAUCUUUACGCAGUGCUUGUCUUGUGGUGUGUUAGAGGAACACAGCUACAUGGUAGGCCUUAUGGUGUGAGGUUUUCAAAAGGCUCUCUUUUCUACUGGUGUUCAUAAUGGACGCUUUCAAGGCCUGUUAGGUAACUCAGAAUUUGUAAUGAAGUGAAAGAAUCAAUAACUUUGUCUUAAUAUAGUGGUGGUUUCUUGACGCAGUUCCCCUUGGUUAGGUGGCGCGUCCAUGAACCAGAGCUACAGUGCCCUGACGCGUGUGCUGUUGUGUUAGGCCCUGUUCUGUGGUUUGAGCCCUGUCCCUGCACCCGACCCUGCCUGCGGAAGUGAAGGGUACAACGGUGUCGUGGUGACUGUAUUUGGGUUUGGACAAUUAGGCUUGCUACAAAGAGAAUUUUC